AUGUGUAUUUAUGUAUCGCAUUUCGAUGGACUAAUAACGUCAUUCCAACCGAAGAAGAAUAAAAAACGUUAUACGUGUGUAUCAACUGCUCACAAUUAUUUGGAUCCGUCCGCUUCAGCAUUACCACACACAAAAAUUAAAGAUCCUACGAAAAUUAAAGCGAGUAAGGGUGGACUUCGUAGAAUUGAUUUACGCCUUGCACUAUUAAUUCAUGCGGAUUAUCCCGAAGUACACAGUUCCUAUGGCGAGUGGAUUUAUAGAGAGUGUGCUAAACGAUGGAAAGGACUGAUACCAUCCAUUGAUGGAUCUAGUGAAAGUGAGAAGGAUGAUGAGUACCGACCGGAGCCGGAUUUGCCGAUAUUAAGGCGAGACGAAGAAGACGAAGACGUUGAUCGUAGUCGAUAUAAAGAGCAGAAAACUGCUCUGGUAACAUUUCUACAAUUAUCUGGCAAUCAUAGAGAAAUUUGGUCUACACUGAACUAUAAUAAUUUAACUAAAAAGUCGAAAAAUACAUUUCUGUCUACCGCUCGAUCUGUUAUUAAAACCGUACUUUUGUUCCUUGCUCCUAAUGAUAUUACUGAUGUGAAACGUGAUCUAUUCGAUACAAAGAACGAUUCGAAAUCCUGUUUGAUAGAUGGGAAAUUCCUGGCAGUAAUGGAUGGUAUAAGCGAGGCAUAUGAAAACUCAGAGAAGUGGACCACGCGCAAAGAGAUUUUAUCAAUUGUCGCACCGAAAAUAAGCUGUAAACUUAUACAAUCAUUUUUACCUGGAUUAACUCUAUAUCGUUUCACAGCAGCAAGACCUCAUGCUUUAGAAUACGGAACUGGACGUCAGGUUGAACGUGCUCAAUCCACUUUGGCAAGAUUUAGUGAUUUUCAGGUGGAGCAUUUUAUAGACUUUAUCCUAUCAUCACAUAUUUGUACUGAUCUGCCUUUUGGUGAACAGCGUCUACGUCUUUCGACUGAUGUUGAACUUUACGUUCCAAAUACAAUCAGGAAUAUGAUACCUUCGAGAAUUGUUGAUCAAUAUUUUGAGUACAUUGCUGAAGAUAAUCCGGGUUUUCCUCCACUUGGUCGCACGAGUCUUUUAUCGUUACUGAAUUCGUGUAAAGCGUCCACAAGACACAGUUUACAAGGAGUGAACUAUUUUGCAGCUAACGCUAGUCUGGCAUUUGAUAAUCUUAUUGAUAUGGUGAAUGAUCUAUCAUUGGAUAGUGGUUCAAAAAAAAUACUCGUUGAUGAUGUAAAACGCGGACGAAUGUAUAUGAAGACUGAUUAUAAAGUUCAUGUGCAAAAGUCGUCAACUAUAGCUGAUCAUUGCAUUAACUAUGCACUCUGA